UCCUAUACGAACCCCGGUCACUAAUCUUGAAUGGUGGUGGCCUUGGAUGGUGGUCCUAUGGAGCUACCACACUUGUCUUAUUUGGAUGACAUGUUAUUUCUGUUAAUUAAUUGAGCCUUUAUUUCCCAUGGAUUAUUACCUGGGUGUACUGAAUCAUUUCUCUAUAUCUACCGCUUUGGUUGGUUGGUAUGAUAAUAUUACUGCUUUGGUUGGUUGGUUGGUAUAAUAAUAUCACUACUUCAACAAAGUAGUCUGUGUACAUCAAGUGCUCCAAUAAUGGCGAAUUCAGCCUCUCAUCCUCUCUGCGAAAAGAAAUUUCUCAACAACACCAAGGACAGAGUGGUUGAUCUCAUAGUGUUGGUUUUGCUAUUCUCUCUUCUUGUUUAUCGUCUGCUCUAUCUUUCUGACCAUGGUUUCAUCUGGUUCAUCGCCUUCCUCUGCGAGUCUUGGUACACCUUUUUUUGGCUUCUCUGGAUCAACGUCAAAUGGUCUCCCGUCGACUACAAAACAUAUCCACAAUUCCUUCUCCAAAGUGUGCCAGAUCUUCCCCCAAUAGAUGUGUUUGUAACGACGACGGAUCCGAUGCUAGAACCACCGAUAACUACAGCAAACACCGUGCUGUGUCUAAUGGCGGUUGAUUAUCCAGCUAAUAAAGUAGCUUGCUAUGUUUCUGACGACGGGUGUUCACCUCUCACUCUUUACUCUGUAACCGAAGCUUCCAAAUUUGCAAGGUUUUGGAUCCCCUUCUGUAAAAAAUACAACAUCCAAGUCCGAGCUCCUAUGUUAUACUUCUCCGGCUACUCUGCUUCGUCGCCGCCGAGUAAUAUCUCGUCGGAAAUAUUCCAAGCAGAAGAGAGAAAGAUGAAGGAGGAGUACGAAAAGCUGAAAGAAAAGAUUGAAGAUGCAGUUCAGGGAAAGAUUCCUAUUGAUCUUUCUGGAGACUACGCCGUUUUUGCUAAUACUGAGAAAAACAAUCAUCCUGCUAUUGUCAAGGUUAUAUGGGAGAACAAGGAAAGAAUUUCAAAUGGAUUGCCACAUCUAAUUUACGUUUCCAGAGAAAAGCGUCCGAAUCAUCAACACCACUACAAAGCUGGCGCUAUGAAUGUUUUGACAAGGGUCUCGGGAGUGAUGACAAACGCACCAUUUACGUUGAAUGUGGAUUCUGACAUGUUCAUCAACAAUCCAAAGAUUGUUCAGCAGGCAAUGUGUUUGUUGCUUGGCCUCAAUCACAGAGAUUGCGCAUACAUCCAGUGCCGUGAAUUGUCAUACAACGAGUUGAAAGAUGACCCUUUUGGAAACGACCUUUUUGCAGCUUUUGAAUUGGUUGGACGUGGAAUGGCUGGAAUUCAAGGAUCCUUUUUUGGAGGAACAGGUUUUCAUAGACGUAAAGUGGUCUACGGUUUAACCUUUGAUGCUCAUGCAAAUGAACAAGGGAAAUUGAGUUACGAGGAAAUGAAGAGAAGGUUUGGAAAUUCGACCAAGUUAAUAAAACUAGCGACUCAAACUUUAUCGGUGGAAUCGGAUACAAAGGUUGAUCAGCCUGAAGAUCUUUCAAGUUGUAUUGAGAUGGCCUGCCAAGUUGCUAGUUGUGACUAUGAGCUGGAAACAGCUUGGGGUUCAGAGGUUGGAUGGAUGUACGGGUCAAUAACAGAAGAUCUGGUAAUGGGAAUGAAGAUUCACUCACAAGGCUGGAGCUCCGUGCUGUAUCUACCCGAUCCUCCGGCCUUUAUAGGAUCUGCCCCUCCUGGUGGGCCUAUUGUCACAAUCCAGAAGAAAAGAUGGGCCACAGGCCAAUUAGAAGUCCUAUCCAGCAGAAAUAAUCCUAUAGUCUUAGCUGUCAAAACGAAGCUUAAGCUCAGGCAAUGCUUAGCUUAUAUUUUUAUCCUCAUGUGGUGCGUUAGCGCACUCCCUGAGCUGUUGUACUCUCUUUUGCCGGUUUAUAGCAUCGUUACCAACUCACAUUUCCUACCCAAGGUUGGUGAAGUUGCUAGUGUACUAGUUGUUGCCUUGGUUCUCAUUCAAAACAUACAAACCUUCACAUUUAGUAUGGGACAUGGUCAAUCUCUCCGAAAGUGUUGGAACACUAUAAGGAUGAACCGAAUCACCAACGUCACCGGAAACUUAUUUGCAUACUUAACUUGGAUCCUCAAGUUGUUUGGGAUUUCAGAGGCUGUUUUUGAAGUCACAAAGAAAUACCACCCAACCAUUAGUGACCGUGAGGGUGCAUAUGCCGGUAGGUUCAGCUUCGACGAUUCCGCGAUGUAUGUGCCCAUCACUGCCCUUUUGUUCCUCCACAUGACGGUUUUGGCCAUGCCUUUGCUGGGGCUACGACCACUGAAUGAUGUUGUUGGGUAUGGUCCGGGACUGUUUGAGUACGGUGUCAGUGCCUAUAUGGUGCUAAGCUAUUGGCCUUAUGUGAGAGGGCUGUUUGGAAAAGGGAAAUAUGGAAUUCCCUUUUCUACCAAAUGCAAGGCUGCUCUUUCAGUUUUGAUUUUUCUUUUGUUAUGUAGACUAUUAGGAUGAGGUUCAUUUUGUUGUUACUUUUUUGGACGAGGAAUUACCAUUUUCGUUUGCUAGAAGUGUGAUAGUUUGUUUUUUCCUUUAAUAGUAACUCAGAAUUCACAUUUUAGUUGUA